AUAAUAUAGCUGUUAUUCCACCUUUGAGUGGUGGAUAAAAGCUUUGUAAGGAAAAGUUAAAGUAGAAAAAAUAUAUUGCAGAAUUAGACUGAGACUUAGUGAGUUAUAAAUUAUUUAAAUAAAUUUAAGAUUAAUUGUGAUAUUUCAUAAUAAUGGAUCAUCUCAAGUUAACAGUAGAUGUUUUAUCUGUGGAUGAAAUCAGUGGUCUUGUGGUUGAUGACAGCUGUGGAGCAGUUUCCAUCUUCGUUGGAACUACAAGAGAUAAUUUUGAGGGUAAAAAGGUGGUCAGAUUGGAGUAUGAAGCAUACGAAUCCAUGGCCUUGAAAGCAAUGAAGUCGAUUUGCAAUGAAGUGCGGGACAAGUGGCCUGCAGUGCAUGGAAUAGCCAUAUAUCAUAGACUCGGCCAAGUACCAUGUCGCGAGGCGUCAGUAGUGAUAGCGGUGAGCAGCCCCCACCGCCGGGAGUCUCUGGACGCGGUGUCCCACUGCAUUGACCAGCUGAAGGCGACCGUGCCCAUCUGGAAGAAGGAGGUGUACGAGGGCGCAGCCCCCGAGUGGAAGGAGAACAAGGAAUGUUCAUCAGUAAUCGCACCACAAUUUCCCAACAAAAUAGACAAAUCAUUAGUCCAAAUAAAUGUUUCGAAUGAGGAACUCCAACAGCGUAUACAAAACUUUAUAGAGAGGAAAAGAGAGCAAGUGAACGUCAGUAAUAUACAAGACUUCACGCCGGAGGGAGCGAGCGAGACGGGAGAUGAAACCUGCGCACGAGUGCGGACACAGUUCGUCAGGCGGAGCGAUUCGAAGGGACAUUUGAAAAUACGCAAAGUCCACAACGAAUGGGGACCGCAAACUGUUAACAUUCCACACGAACGCAAACCGGACACAACAAACCUUCCCGCUUCCAUCGCUGAGAGAGUGGUCGCCGUCGAGAAGUUUCUAAACAUUGGUCCUGUGGCGCCGGAUAUAUAUAGAAGGUUGAAAGAAAUGGAGGAUAAAAUCGCUCACUUGCAAGCUAUUUCGCCAGAAUACGCACAAUUUUGGAGAAACAAAUCGGACGAUGUUAAACAAGAGAGCGUAGACUACGAGUUCACAGCGGACGAUAUUGAAAGAAAAAUAGAGAUGCUGGAACGACAAGGACUGUCUUGAAUAACUUAAUGUAGUUUAAGAUUUAUGCAAGUUUAAAUAAAUG